AUGAAGACGUACGCCGCCCUCGCCGCCUCUGCGCUCAUCGUGGCCGCCACCAUGAACUCGGCCACGGCCAUGAAGUCGUACCUCGAGGACCUCCCAAACGGCAGCCUGUUCACGCAGGAGCUGGGCCACCCGGGCAUGGACAGCUCCAAGUUCACCGAGUUCGCGACGGCGUUCGGCGCCGUGGACCACACGUGGUCGGCUGACUUCUGCGGUAAGACGUUCCCCGGUGCGUCCAUGACGAACGGUGAGGCCUUCGGCGACCCGUGCUGCACGUGGACGAAGGGCGGCAAGCCCGACUUCACGGUGUCGCCUUUCACGACGAAGCCUACCAAGGCCACGACGUGCGCUUCCGGCGGCAAGACGGGUGCCGGAGGUUCUGCCGCUGCUCCUUCGGCCGCUGGUUCUAGCGCGGAGACGCCUUCGACCGGUUCUAGCGCUGAGACUCCUUCGACUGGAUUUAGCGCAGAGACCCCUUCGACUGAGCAGGGAUCGGGUGCCGAGACCCCCUCGACUGAGGAGAGCUCGGGUGCUGAGACGCCAUCGACUGAGGAGAGCUCGGGUGCUGAGACGCCUUCGACUGGCGAGAGCUCGGGCGCUGAGACCCCCGCCACUGGUCCGAGCGAGGAGACGCCGGCUACCGGAUCGGGCGAGACUGAGAGCUCGGGUGAGACCGAGAGCUCUGGCGAGACUGAGAGCUCCGGCGAGACGGACACUGGCGCUUCGUCGGUGUCGCAGUUCACGCCUGCCACGGAGGCUCCCGCCUCUAGCACCGGCGGCUCGAACAGCUGGAGCACGCCAUCCACGCCCUCGACCGGCGGCUGGGGCGCUCCUCCUGCCACUGGCGGUGGCUGCGCUGUCAAGGGCGCCCGCCGCAAAUUCCGUCACUAA